UUUUCUUUUUAUCAAGAAAACUACGUCGUUGUGCAGUUUUAUUCUUCUCUCAAUCAGUUUGUUCUCAUCAACAAACCUUGACAAGGGUUUUGCGCAAUUUCUUUCGUUAAUCUCUCUCCUUCUGCUACCCAACGCUUCACCUCCUUGCCUUCCAUCAACCCCUUGACGUGGCUCGCGUAGAGGGUUUGGAGGCAACGUUCAAGUUCAACCCUAUCGGAAGGUACGAGAGCGUUCCAGGUGAGCUCCGGCGUGAAAUCGUGGACUCCGGAGAGGCGCGAAUCCCAGAACCAAAGGACCGCCAGUGACCAUCAUUCGUAAACAGAGUUAUUAAUUUUGGAUCUACUCGAUCUCUGUUUCGAUGGCGUUGCAAGAAAAGCUAGACAGAUUCAAAAAGCAGCAAGAGAAGUGCCAGUCAACCCUAUCGAGCAUUGCAGCUAGCAAGGUUGCUACCCAAAAACCUAUGGUUCCAGUAGCUGCACAUGCCCCAGCUUCUUCCAAUGGAAGAAAUCCAGCCCCUGCUGUCAAAUUCUCAAACGACACAGAGAGGCUUCAGCAUAUCAACAGUAUUCGCAAAGCCCCUGUGGGUGCUCAGAUGAAGCGUGUUAUUGAUCUCCUGCUAGAGACACGACUAGCUUUCACACCAGAACAGAUAAAUGAAACAUGCUAUGUUGACAUGAAGGCUAACAAAGAUGUUUUUGACAAUUUGAGGAAAAACCCAAAAGUAAACUAUGAUGGGCAGCGAUUCUCUUACAAGUCAAAGUAUGGCCUUAAGGACAAAACUGAGCUUCUUCAUUUGAUACGUAAAUUUGCUGAGGGCAUUGCUGUUAUUGACCUAAAGGAUGCUUACCCCACUGUGAUGGAAGACUUGCAGGCUUUGAAAGCUGCAGGGCAGAUUUGGCUGCUGUCCAACUUUGAUUCACAGGAAGACAUUGCCUACCCUAAUGACCCCAAAGUGCCCAUUAAGGUGGAUAAUGACCUGAAACAGCUUUUUCGGAGUAUUGAAUUGCCUCGUGAUAUGAUUGAUAUAGAGAAGGAUCUUCAAAAGAAUGGAAUGAAGCCCGCUACCAACACUGCAAAGAGGAGGAGUGCAGCGCAAAUUCAAGGCCUCUCUUCUAAGCCCAAGGCUAAGAGGAAGAAGAAUGAAAUCAGCAAAAGGACCAAGCUGACCAAUGCCCAUCUUCCAGAGCUUUUUCAGAACUUGAUCAAUUCCUGAUUAACUCGCAGAAAGUGUUGGAUUUGAUGACAGAGAUAAUUUGUUAGCUUAAACUAGAUCAGCAGAGUAAAAUAUACUCCGGAGUUUCUUAUUGCUCUGCCCUACUCUUGAUAUUCGUUUUCAAUUUUUAUACAUCAUGGCUGAAGCCAAUGGACUGUUGUGCUCUAUAGCAACUCUCUUAAUAAAUUGUGAGUCCAUGUAUAUUAUUAGAACCCUGUUCGAUAUUUUAUUUCCAGUUCUUGUUAGAUA